AUGGCUCCGUGGCUCACUGCCUGCCGCAUCGCUUUCGCCGUUUCGCUGCCAACUCAGUGCGCGCGUCACGUGCUGCGACCCACAUGCCGCCCGCCGCCGCGGCGGCGCGUGGCGCUGCGCGCCUGCGUUACGCAGCAAAGUAUCGCCCCCGCGCUUGCUGUGCUGCGCCGCGCAGCCGACUCGCAGCGCCUGGACGUGGCGCGGCUCAACUCCCUCGUGCGCCUGGCCGAUCUGUUGUUGAGCGAGAGCAAGCGGUACAACCUCACGGCGAUCCGCACGCGCGAUGCCGUGCUGCUCAAGCACAUCGUGGACGCGCUGAGCCUGCUACCGGCGCUGGACGCGGAGGCCGCUGCCGCGCCCGGCGCGCUGCGUGUCGUUGACGUCGGCACGGGUGCGGGGUUCCCAGGGCUCGUCCUCGCCAUCGCGAGACCGCAGUGGGACGUCACGCUGCUCGAGGCCGCGCGCAAGAAGACACGCUUCCACGACAUUGUGGAGCGCGAGCUGGCCCUGCGCAACGUCACGUCCGUGUGGGGGAGGGCAGAGGAGGUCGGGCAGAGUAAGAUGCAUCGGGGGCGGUAUGACGCGGUCGUGGCACGGUCGUUGGCGGAAAUGCGUGUUUGCUGUGAACUGUGCGUGCCGCUGGCAAAGGUGGGGGGCGUGUUUUUCGCGCAGAAGAGCGUGGGCGCGGGCGCUGAGGAGAUCGCCGCCGCGAAGGAGGCCAUGAGAAGGCUGGGCGGGAAGCUGGAAGGUGUGCACAAGGCGUGGCUGUGGGAAUGGAUGCACGGGCAGGGGGAAGAGGCGGAAGAGAUUGACAGAAGAAAAAAGUGUAUUGUGGCCGUAAGAAAGGUGAAGGCAACGCCACGGGCGUUUCCGAGGUUGCCGGGGGUGCCGAAGAAGACGCCUUCGCGAGACCGCGAAUAG